AUGGAUUUAAACUGUCACUCUUUUUUGGGAAAUGUUCUUUAUAGUGACUCCUCAGUAUUAAAGACAAUUACUGGUAAAUUCUUUCCAAGCAACAAAAAUAGGCAAUUUCUUGAUAUUUCCACGCUAAAAUACCAUGAAUUAGUGGUUUUUAGUGAGUUUUUUCCUUCAAUUAAUGAAGAAUUGUCAUCAAUAACUUUUAAGCUUGAAGAUGCAUGUGUAGACUUUUGGAACUACUCUCUGGAAGGUAGCCCAUUUGAUUUAAUUUUAGUACUGGAUUGUACUCAGAAUUUUCACUUGUUUUCUUUGAAAAGUCUCCCUACUCCACAUUCCAAGCAUAAUUGUCCUUUUGUAAAAUGUAAAAUACCAAAUUUCAUUAGUAGAUUUCCAGACAAUACCAAUCAUUUAAAAAUCAGUAAUAAAGAUUUAAUUGACUCGCAGGAAACGAAAGCAAACGAACCAAAUAUAUUCAACAAUCAGUUCCUGAUAAAAAACGAAUUUUCAAUUUCACUUUUUAAAAAUAGAAAAACUCCAAAAAUCGACUUUAUUAGGCCAUAUAAAUACAAUAGAAAGUUUCUGAACUCAAACCCAAUCAUAGCUGAAAAACUGAUCCCAAAAUGCUACAUUUCAAUAGAUCGAUACACCGGGUAUAUUAUUGUAUGCCUUAAUUCAUCCUCUUUUCUUAUUAUUCCAAGUCUAACAUUGAACAAAGAUGGUAUAAUUGAACAAAUUGAAUUGAAAAUUCAAACAGAAAAUCUCUUUCAUUUUGACUCACUCAAAUACAAACUUGAAAGCAUUUCAUUCGUUAAAACUUGCAAAAACCAAUCCAAAAUUCAACCAGUCGUAUUUUCCCUUUUAAGUGACUUGAAAGAUCGUACUUUAGUUGGAAAAGCCUUCCUUUUUGACUGGAAUAACUUAAUAAAAAAUCAACCUAAUCCUAAAGAUAGCCACUACAAACCAAUCUCUGAAACCAAUUUUAUCCCUUUAUUCAAUUCCGUAUCCACGUCACUCUCGCCUCAACUCUAUCACAUGCGCAUUUUUUGCACGCAUAUACCGGUUGUCCACAUGAAAACAAUACACGUAGGUGUGGGGAGGUCUGAAAUUGACAAGACAAUACCGGUGUUUGCAUGUGCAAAUGUAUGUGGAUAUGAAUAUAGUUCUGAAUGUGUUUGUAAAUUUAAAAAAUUACUGUUUAUAUUUAGUUACGAAAGAAAUGAGUUAAAACUAAUUUUGAGUGAUUUAGAAACUGGAGAAUUAAAAGAGGAUAUUUUGAUAGUAAAUUUAAAAGAAUACUAUCAAGAGAAAAUCUAUAUUGACUUGAGAGAUGUGUUAAUGAUUGAGGAAAAUGCUAAUGAGCAAAGAAUGAAGUUUCUCAUUUCUUCAAAGUGUAUGGAGAUGUUUCUGUUGAAUAUUCAAUUUAAAGAUAAUAGGAUGAAGGAUUUUGAUUUAAUAAAGAUUCAAAUCAACUCUUUAAAUUUGGAAUUAUCAGAUAUUUCAAGUAUUUGUCCAUACCAAUAUUCUAAUGAAGACAGUUCAAUAUUAAAAAGUCUACUUGUAAGUUCAACUUUUGGUGUAAUAAAAAAAAUUAGCUUUCCCAGUUUUAAUCAAGAGUAUAUUUUAGCUCCAAAAUCUAUUGAAAUUUUAAAAGUAGAAAGAGCUAUCAUGGUUCAGAAAUAUUUUGAAAAUAGCAUUAUAUUAGCAGCCAAAAAAUAUCAAUGUUUUUGGGAUAUAAUUAAAGGUUCUUACCAAUUUCAGUAUGACUUUAUUUUGAGAUAUAUAUUUUUGAAUUCACCAAAAAUUUCCACAUUAAGCCAAUUUCCCAUUAAAAAAAAAGGAGUCCUUGGAAUUUCAUUAAUACCAGUAAAAAAAAACAGCUACUUGCUUUUAUACUCAAAGUUGUUUGAAAGCCAAGUAUAUUUACUUAUAAGAAAAGAAUUCAUUUCUGAAAAUAAAUAUGGUUUUAAGAAAAUACAAAUCAAUAAUUUUUUAUUAACUAAUCACACAACUAUUUUAUGUGUUAAAAUAUGUCAUAAUUUAAUAUUACAGGUUACAGAAUCUCAAAUUAUACUAUACCAAGGAAUUUGCGAGCAAAUUGAAAUCUUGGAAAAUCAAGGUCAAACUAACAGUUUUCAGGCCGAUAGAAAAGACUUGUGGGAUUAUCCAGACUUAAUAAUGCAUGCAAGAGUCGCUGAUGAUAAUAACUUAAUGAUUAUUACUCAAGAACACAAGUUGAUUCAGCUAAGAGUUGAAUCUUUUGAGUUGUUUGAAUUUUCUAUAAAAGAUGAAUUUACCUAUAUUCCACUUAUUUCAUGCUUUGAAUCCAAAAAAUUAAUUUUAAAUGAUUCUCAUAUAAUUUUAAGUAUGAUUGGGGAUUCUCAAGGCCAAAUAUUUGCCACCCUAUUCUUCAUACAGAAUCCUUUAAAAAAGUUCAAUUUUAUUUUAAAAGUGGAUGGCUUGGUUAACUUUGAAAUAGAGAAAGUUAACUUCGAACCUGGAAUUAUCACUUCUAUUGAACUUGAUAAUGCUUUUCAAGAUGGUGUUUACUUUACAACAAGCCAUGGAUACUUUUUUAUUUUAAAUUUGAAAACCUUAAUACAAGAUUUACUUCAAGGUCAGAUUCAAAAGAAUCAAAUUAAUUACAAAAGAAUUAUCAUAGAUUUAAAAUCUUAUCUUUCUUCUCAGGAAGUUUUGGAUUGGAAAAUUAUUGGAAUUCAAAGAAAAUACAUGAAAAAUGACUACCACCAGAUAUGGAAAAACCGUAUUAUUUUAGGAUCUGUUUCUGAAUAUUUAUAUUUGGAAUUGCUUGAGACAAACAAAAAAGUUCUCAGAAUUCUUCAAGUUAAAAAACUCAAAUUUCCAAUUUGUUCAAUUAUAACCCAAUUUAAAGAAAAAUACCAAGAAGAUGAUCAUUUUUACUUUUUAUCACUAGAAAAUAGUAAAAAUAAUCAGCAAGUUAAAAUAGUUAAAAUGGAAUUAAACAAAUACCAUAGUUGCGACAAAGUUUUGCCUUUAAAAAGUACUCAAUAUAAAGUUGAAAAUAUGAUCUAUUUAAAGAAAAAAUCUUGGAUAGUAGUUAAUAUUGAAAACUGGAAUACCACCAACUUUCAUUCAAAUAAAUAUCUCUCACAAGUUAGUUCACAGCUUUUUCUAUUGGAUUUAGAAGCUAAUUUGUAUGGGUUCAAGACUUACUCUAGUCAUGAAAAUAACCCAAACUUUAAAGAAAACUUCAAAUUCAGAAUAUUCCCAAAUAAUGGUGAAGAUAGUUUCUUUCAGGUUUUCAAUCCUGGAGAAAAUCAUGGUUGUCUACAAAAUACUCUUUUUCAGCUUAUUUCAGUCCCAAAUGACUCUUAUGAAAUUUCUUCUUCUUAUAAUGACCCUUUUAUUGUUUUAGGGAGUUAUUCAUUCCAAGGAAUUGAGUCUGGAAUCGUCUGCAAAUCCCCAUCUAAUCAAAAAAAGUUUUUUUUUUUCCUUGUUGGAAAAGGUUUAGACACUGAUAAGACUUUGGAGCUUGUUUCUACCCGAGUCUUUAGCUGUUUAGACAUCUCAAGGCUUGAAGCAGUUAAUAAAAAUCCCAGUAUUGAUUUUAAUUCAAGUCUUCAAUCUAACCAAAUUAUCAAAUUUGGCACCAAACUGGUUCUGAAGGUUGAAGAUUUUUCUAUUACUUUUCCUGGAAAGCUAAUUAAUAAUGCAGUUUUUCAAAAAAAUGGAAAAACUAUAAUGCUUAAUCUUUUGGAACCAAGAUCAGGACUACCUGAAAAGUUUCUUCUUCAUCAAAUAUAUUCAGAGUUGGAUACAGACUUUAAACUUAUUCAAGACAAAUAUGAUGAUUUUAUUGGACAUUUCUGCCAACCAGAUUCCGUUAUUUUGGAUAAUGAAAUUAUAGAAGAUGAGAAUAUCCAUAUUUAUAAGGGUUUCUCUGAUGAUAUUUCUCUUCUAAGAAUUAGAAAUUCAUUCAAUAAAAAUUCUAAAUUGUUUAUCAUUGGGUUGCAAAUUAUAUUAAAUUACAUAUACAAACGAAGAAAUAAUGAAAUUAUUUCAGCUUUUCCUGCUAUCCUCACAAAUUUACUCUUUGGGAUAUUUGACAUUGUAUUUUCUAAUAAAAUAAAAACCAGCUCAUCAAAGAGUGUUUCUGUUAGUUCUGGUUCAUUCUUUUCAAGAAAAAAGGUCAAAAUUGAAAGAAAGCAAGUUGAGGACGGGCUGAAAAAUGUCCAAAUUUUUCCCUAUCAGAUUUCUGAUCUUUAUUCUCAACUAUGUUCUAAGUGCCUCAAGUGGAAAAUAUUAAUGGUUUUAGUUGUUUGGUAUAACCUUAUUGAAACAAUAAUCAACAAUCAAAAUAUAGAUCUUAUUUAUAUUAGAAAACUAACCUGUCCAAUUUUUCAAGAUUGGGUUUUGAAACUUGAAAAAGAAAUUCCAAUUGACUUUGAUAUGCUUCUGGAUCGCUCAUAUUUAAUCGAAAACUUUUUCAAAUCAGAUUACUACUAUGAAAAAUAUCAAGAAUUGACAUUUUUAAAAUUAGAAGAAUGUGUCACUUAA